AUGAAGUUAAUAAUAUGUUUGAUGUUUCUUAUGUCCACCUUUACAGAUUCAGAUGGUCUGAUGAAACAAAACUGUAAUGAGUCAUUGUGUUUUUUAUGUGGUUGUGGAGACGAGACAGUUUUUAAUGUAAGUUGUAAGAAUAAAAAUCAAGUGAUUCAAAUGGAACCUUUUAUAUAUCAUAUGAAAACAGGUGCCAGUGAUUCUGAUGACUGUCCAUUAGACAGCUAUGAAACAUGUAAAGAGAGUGACUCCACAUCUAUUUUAAACAAACAAGAUCGAAUUGAAGUGUAUAAAAACUGUAUGCUUAAAACUUCCUGUGAAAUAAAUAUCCAAGAGAGAAUAAAGACGGGGAAUAAGAGAUGGGUGAAUUUUCCAUUGUACUGUCAUGAUAAAUCAUUCAUCAAAGAUAUAUCUAAUAAAAUAGUUAAAAACAGACUCUAUCAAGCAUUUUUUUUUUCUGGAGAGAAGUUUGUUGGACAGAAAAUUGACUGUGACUGUUCUAUAACUAGUUCAAAGACGCUGUAUUUAACAAUUUUCUUCAUCAAUUUAAAACCAGACACCUGUCCCAAAGUGAAAUUUCUCAACAAAAAUCAGAACUUGUUGAAUUGUUCUGAAACAACGAUGUUAAAUACAUACUACGGCUACACCGGAAGCGAAUUUAAACUGGAGAUACGAGGAUUGCAACCAGACGUAGAAGAUAUGAUAGUCUUUAAGUUACGGACUUAUGAUAAAUGGUGGAAUAUGUUUGUAAAUUGUAGUGGAUGUAGAAAUUCAACAGAUCCUACAACUACAGAUAUCCCUAUAACAACAGAUGUUUCUACCAAAUAUAUCCCUGUUUCAAGACCUUUAGCUACAGUUUCCUCUACUAAGGGUCCUGCAAUUAUAGUAAAUCCAACUCGAAAUGAUCAUGCACCAACUACUGGUACAGAUCAAACUAAUAAUGUCGAUACAGCUAUAUUGGGUGGAAUUCUAGCAGCUGUUAUCAUUAUAGUUAUAGUCGGUAUAGCACUCUACUGUUUUAUCAGGCGCCGCAAGAAGCAAGAGAAAACUCGAAAGACUCUCGCUUAUGGUUCUGGAAAUAGUGAACAAUUUCAUUAUGAUUAUGUUGACGUUCCACAAGAUACACAAGUCUUCAACCAUAUCCGUCUUACAGAAAAUAUUGUGGUUCAAAAUGACAACCAUAGACGAAAUAGUCAAUUUCGUAGACUGGUAGCUGAUAGUGGGGAAGAGAAUACAUAUAACGACAAUUCAAAUUCGGAACCCGAUCCAACAAAUACAGAUGUAGAUACUUAUAAUAGAAAUGUUGUUCCAACUCAUUUUAGUGGGGUGUAA